UCGGUGACGUAGCGUGCGGUCGCCGGGAGAAGUUUGAAAAUAAACGUGAAACUUUUUCCCCCCCCCCCCCCCCUAAACAUUUAAUGUCAGCGUCGUUUCACCGGAACCUUUACUGACAAUUUAAGAAGAGUUUCUGAAAGCGACGAGUUAAAGUGAGCAGCAGCGGCGCGCGGAGGACGUUUAUCUUCAGGUAAGGAUGUCUGUCCCUGAAGAAGUAGUGUCGUCUGCCCUGUCGGCCGCCGUGUCGGCUGCCAUGGCCGUUGCCAUGGCGGUGGACGCUAAGGCGGAACUGGCCAAGCUGCUAGACGAAUGGGAAGAAGCACAGCAGGGCACCACAGAGGAGCUGGUCUCCAUCCUCACCAAAAUAUCUGAGCUGAUUGAACGGGAGACAGGAGAGUAUCACAAAGCAGAUCCUGACCCCUUCGAUGAUCGUCAUCCAGGACGGGCGGAGCCAGACUGCAUGCUGGGACAGAUCCUGAGGAUGCUCUUCAGGAACGACGACUUCACUAACGCGCUGUUGGACACGUAUAUAAUGACCAGCAGAGAGCUGAGCCUCAACACGGCCGCCUGUCGUCUGCUUCAGAACAUCAUGCCGGGCCUGGAGACCGCCGUCAUCUUCCAAGAGAAGGAAGGUCUGGUGGAGAUGUUGUUCACCUGGGCUCGUGAAGCAGAGCGACCGCUGUGCGUCUACGCCACAGGCCUGCUGGCCAGAGCCAUGAGCAACCAGGAAGUGGCAGCCAGCUACCGAGAGGAGAACGCUCAGCUGGUUCCCAUCAUGAUUCAGCGACUCUGUGAGCUGCAGUCUGAAGGACUCAAGAGAGCAGAGAACCUCCAGAAUCUACCUCAGGACUCUCAGGUUGAAGGCACCCGAACCUCAAACGCCUCGACGGACCAGCAGGACAGGACGGAGGAAGACAUGGAAGAGGAGGAAGGAAGAAGAGAGAGAGACGGAGAGAGUAGCAGGAAGGUGUUAAAGGCCAGUUUCAAACCUGCGUCGCUGCUCGGUUCGGCUCAGAAAAACGGCGGCUGCAGCAGCAGCAGCAGCAGCAGCAGCAGCUCGACCCGACUGAUCCCAGACUUUGUUUACCAGGCGAGCCCAGACAUCGCCUCCAGGGAGACGGAAGACAGGCAGGGAGGAAGAGGAGGGAAGAGACAGGCGGUGAAGGAGAACGGGAGGAAGGCUAAGCAGAAGCUGAACUUCACCUCCUCCUCCUCCUCCAGGACCGAGGAGGAGGUGGAGAGGAGCGACGUCACCGACCAGCAGGCCAACAGCACCUCCUGGUCCGAGAUGAGCUCCAUGGUGAUCGGCUCCGACUACCGCCUGUUACCGCUGAGCCCGGCCAUGGAGCAGAGGCUCAUCCUGAAGUAUCUGACGCCGCUGGGCGAUUACCAGGAGUUGCUCGCCGUCUUCAUGCAGCUGGACACUCGGGCGUUGUUGAUGAACUACAUUGACCUCCGGCUGACCAAGGACGUCCAGCUCACCUUUGAUGCUCUGCUGUAUCUGGCCUCACUUCUCCUCCAUAAGAAGUUUGCAGCAGAGUUCAUCGCUCACGGAGGAGUCCAGAAACUCCUGGAGAUCCCGAGACCUUCUAUGGCGGCAACCGGAGUUUCACUCUGCUUGUACUAUCUGGCGUACAACCAAGACGCUAUGGAGAGAGUGUGCACGCUCUCAGACGGCGUGCUGUCCGACAUGGUGUCCUACGCUCUGUGGCUGCUGGAGUCGUCCCACGCGUCGGGCGUCUGUCACGCCACCAUGUUUUUCUCCAUCUCCUUCUCCUUCAGGGCGGUGCUGCAGCUCUUUGACCACCAGGACGGCAUGCGCAGGCUGAUCAACCUGAUCAGUACGUUAGAGAUUCUUAAAACGGAGAACGAGGUGUCCAUAAUGAGCGAUGACCAGGUCUUCUCCAGCCGACAGACGGCCAAACACACCUGCAUGGCCCUGCGCAGAUACUUUGAGGCUCAUCUGGCUGUGAAGGCUGAACAGGUCAAACAAUCCCUGCAGACGUCAGAGGGAGGACACAUUGUUCCCCAGCAGCCCUUUUACAAGGCGUAUACGUACACCAGAGAUCAGGUGGUCGAGAUGAUGGAGUUUCUCAUCGAGUGUGGACCUCAGCUGCACUGGGAACCAGUGGAGGUUUUCUGCAAGUUGUCCUGUGUUCAUUUAAUGCUGCAGCUCAUAUCUACGGCCUGUGACUGGAGGACCUACUACGGCAGGAGUGACACGGUGCGUUACGCUCUGGACAUCCUGGCCAUCCUGACGGUGGUUCCUAAAGUCCAGUUGGUGCUGGCGGACACUGUGGAAGUUCUCGAUGAAACCAGGUCGGCUGUUUCCACUGUGGGUAUGAGCAUCAUCCUCGGUGUUGCAGAGGGCGAAGUGUUUGUCAAUGACGCUGAGAUCCAGAAGUCUGCACUACAAGUGAUAAUAAACUGUGUGUGUGCUCCAGACCAGAGCCUGAACACUGUGGGUGCUUUCGCCGUGGCCCCCCUCAGGCCGUCACUCCACCCCCAGCAGCCCCCCGCCCCCCACAACAGGGUGCUGGCCCACAUGUGGCAGGUGGUGCAGAACAACAACGGAAUAAAGGUGCUCCUGUCGCUGCUGUCAGUGAAGAUGCCCAUCACAGACGCAGACCUGAUCCGUGCGCUGACCUGCAAAGCUCUGGUCGGACUCUCUCGCAGCACAGCGAUCAGACAAAUCAUCAGCAAGCUGCCGCUCUUCACCAGCGGACACAUUCAACAGCUGAUGAAGGAGCCGGUGCUGCAGGACAAACGGAGCGAGCACGUCCGUUUCUGCCGAUACGCCGCGGAGCUGACCGAGCGAGUGUCCGGCAAGCCUCUCCUCAUGGGUACCGACGUGUCAUUGGCUCGCCUGCAGAGGGCCAACGUGGUCGCCCAAUCACGGAUCACCUUCUCUGAGAAGGAACUCCUCAUGCUGAUCAGAAACCACCUGGUGGCCAAAGGGCUCCACGACACGGCCAACACGCUCAUCAAAGAGGCCAAUUUAGCCAUCCCCUGUCAGAACUCUUCAUCCUGCGUCACCCCUGCCUCCUCCUCCUCACUGAUUCCCAGGACUUGCCGGUUAGCCGGCGGGAUCGCGGCUCGUAUCGCCGGCCAUCUGGGAUCCUCUCCGGUGUCCUCGGUUUCCGCAGCGGCCUCCCCUUCUUCUUCACGUUCCCCGGUCCUUCCUCACCCUUCGUGCUCCUCUUCGUCAGCCCUCUCCACUCCUCACCCGGUGCCUCACGGUCAGGGCUCCCCUCUGGUCGGCCGCAUUUUGUUCACGCGGGAACGUCCGAUGGCCAGUUGCAGCACGGGAAAGAAACUGCGAGCACUGAAGCAGAAGUCUGAUCAUGGAGCUUUUAUACAGACUCCAGCCAUGAAGAAGCAGCUGGAGCGCCACCUGCCUUCCCCCCCGACCCUAGACAGCAUCAUCACCGAGUACCUGAGGGAACAACACGCCCGCUGCCCCAACCCCGUCACCACCUGCCCCCCCUUCUCGCUCUUCACCCCCCACCGCUGCCCCGAGCCCAAGCAGAGGAGACAGGCGUCACCCAACUUCACCGCCCGACUGGGGAGCAGGGUGCUGUACCCGAAAUAUGAAGGUGUGGACAGAGGGUGUCUGGAUAGACAUCUGAUAUUUAGCAGGUUUCGACCGAUGUCCGUCUUCCACGAGGGCGACGGAGACGAGAGCGGUUUCACCUGUUGUGCCUUCUCAGCCCGCGAGCGUUUCCUGAUGUUGGGAACCUGCUCGGGUCACCUCAAACUCUACAACGUCUUCUCUGGAGAGGAGACGGCCAACUACCCCUGCCACACAUCGGCCAUCACGCACCUCGAACCCUCCAGAGAUGGGAAACUGCUGCUGACCUCAGCGUCUUGGAGCGUCCCCUUGUCUGCUCUCUGGUCUAUGGACGGUGUCUUUGGCAUGAAGAACUCAUUUGUAGACGACCACUAUGUUGAGUUCAGUAAACUCUCUCAGGACAGAGUCAUCGGCACCAAGGACCAAGUCGCCCAUAUCUACGACAUCCAGACGGGUCAGAAGACCCUGACCCUGAACGACCCCGGUCUGGCCAACAACUACAAGAGGAACUGCGCCACCUUCAACCCCACAGACGACCUGGUGAUGAACGACGGCGUGCUGUGGGACGUGCGGGCGUCGCGCGCGAUUCAUAAGUUCGACAAGUUCAACAUGAACAUCAGCGGCGUUUUCCAUCCCAACGGGCUGGAGGUCAUCAUCAACACUGAGAUCUGGGACCUGAGGACCUUCCACCUCCUGCACACCGUCCCCGCGCUGGACCAGUGCAGACUGGUCUUCAACAGCAACGCCACCAUCAUGUACGGAGCAAUGUUGCAAGCCGAUGAUGAGGAUGAUGCGAUGGACCAGCAGAUGAAGAGUCCCUUCGGUUCAUCCUUCAGGACCUUCGACGCCACCGACUACAAGCCCAUAUCUACCGUGGACGUAAAGAGGAACAUCUUCGACUUGUGCACUGACACCAAAGACUGCUACCUGGCUGUCAUCGAGAACCAGGACACGGUGAGCCUGGACACGGUGUGUCGUCUGUACGAGGUUGGACGACAGAAACUAGCAGAAGAAGGAGACGAUGACGAUCAGGACGAUGAAGACCAGGAUGAUGAUGAUUCCUCCGAUUCGGAUGACGAUGAUGAUGAUGAUGAUGAUAUAGACACAGACCCGCUGAUAGAGGAACUGGCCAAUAACGACGACGGGGAAAACGGAGAGAGAGCCCGCUCGCCCACUGAUGAAGAGAUCGCAGAUCUUCUCGGCAGCAACAGCGACGACGGCAACGACGACGAGGACGACAACGACGACGACUCUGACAACUCUGACUACACGUUAGGAACUGACGACGGAUCCGACGUCUUAGAUUACUUCCCCGAACAAUCAGACGACGACGACACUCAGUUCAUCCGUUCCCUGCGGGACCGAUGGUUCUCCUGACCGGAGAAAACGUUCUGCUCUGCUGCCGCUGACAAUGUGAAACCUCAACAAGGACCUUUUCUUUUCUUUCCCCUUUUUAAAUUAUCAUUUCUAAUUUAAUCAGGCAAGUUGACUGUGAACACGCUGAUGUUCUCUCUCUAUAUAUAUAUUCUAAACUUUAAGAGAGACGACAGUGAUGAUAAAUAAAUAUUUCCACAAAGAGCGCGAGGCUCCGAUGAAAACAGAGCGUUCCUCCUGACCUGUCUCUCUGCUUCCUGUCUCCACAGAAGCGAGUAUCUGUGCAAGUUUUGAAUAAAACAUAUUUAUGAUGUUUUACCUGCGUAAUGUCGCUGUGCUGGGAAUAAGAUGUUGUGUUGCUUCACUGUUGAACUCACAGUUUUUUAAUAUUCAUCGAGACUCAAAGCCACUAAGGAAACAAAUGCAGUUUCUAGUGUUUAUCAGGUGUUUCUUUACAGGAAUCAUUCAGGGUCGAUAUAAAACUCAUAAUGUUUAGAGCCAUAACUUGACAUUUAAUGUUAAAUUGUACUUGAGAGUUGUAUCCUCAGGCCGCGCUGUACUUCUGUAGAGAUUCAUUCAGCAGUCAACAGUCUUCCAUACAUGUUUUAUUGUUUAAUGUUUGUUCAUAGCUAAAAGCCAAAUAUUCACAUUAACACAGAGACUCAUUCUACAACUAUAAAAGCUUCUUGAUCCUCAUAUCAAAUAUUAAUUAACAUUCAGAGAAAAUAAAGAAUGUUUUGUGCCGAUUUAAAGAAGUUAAAUGCAAAAUAUGUGUGAGAGAGGUUAUCUAGAAUCAAAGAAAUAUUAGAAAUACCUCAAUAUCGUCAUGUACAGAAUAAAAAAAACACACCUCUGUGUUGUAAAUAAUCCAAAUGCUGACCUUUAAUAGAGAUAAACACCUGUGUCUGCAGGCUGAGAGCACUAAACUAAAGCAGGUUUCUGCUACUAGUGAACGGAUCACAUUUCCAUGAACAUUUUGUAUAUUUUACCCACAAAAUUCAACUUUUUUUUUUGUUUGUUUUUCUGAGAAAGCUAGAUGUGGCAGUGUUUUCAGUUGUGGUUGUAAUUUUGAGAUGAUGAUGAUGAUGAUGUUUAAUUUAUUUUUGCUUGUUUUUGAUUUAAUUUAUUUUUAGUUUAGAGGGUUUAACAGCUUUUUGCAUGUCGGGACAAACGGAAGGAAGGAAGGUUGUAGUUUUUGAUGACUGGUUUCAGCUCCUGUAUCUUUAAACUGGCAGCACUGGGCAGAUGCUGCUCCCAACUGGUCUUUUUUCCUGCCAGUUACAACUGUGUGUUGACUGAACACAGAGACAAAAAAACCCUCUGCAAUCAGUGUUAAAGUCAGUGUUACACAUGAGUCAUGACUGUUUGUAGCAGCUGGUAAUGUUGGCUAACGAGAAAAUCCCAGUAAAUGUGAUAAAAAAUUGUAACUUUCAACUUUUAGUGAUUUUUUUUUCACUAAUGUCUUAAAUCUUGUAAUAACUCAUAAUGAUGUCAAUAUGAAAACUACAUGUUUUAAAUGAUUAUUUAACAUCAGUCGCAGAUGAUCAGACGUUCAUGUCGAUGAAUAUUUUGUUUCUUUCAUUAUCAGCUGCUGCAACGUUUCAUGAAACACAAGGUGGGAAUAUGAAUCAUAUUUUUUGUAUCAGUACAGUUUGUCUAUUUUACAGCAGCUGUUAACGAACAGUCAGACUUUGACAUUAUUACCUUUUGAUUUGAUUGUUGGAUUAUUUUUCCAGCAGUUUAAACAAACUUCAAAAAGAUAAAACAGCAGGUUUCAUCAUUACGGGUAAAACAGUAUUCAGCAGGUUUGCAGUGCAUGUUGUUGCAGAAAUAUGAGUAUUUUUGAAACUUUAACGCCAAUGUUACGCUGAUUUUAAUCAUUGUGAAAGCUGAUUUCACAAAGCUGUGAGGAGCUUUUCUUUCUUUUCUUUUUAAAUUAUUGCUCUGGUUGUGAACCAAUCAGCAUCGCUGCUGUUGGAUGAAAAAAGUCAGGGGUUUAAAAUAUACAACUUUUAUUUUAAAAUGAUCCCAGAGGUUUGGUUGUGAUAUGUUGCUCUCCCCCCCCUGCAGAAAUACAACAUGUAUUUGAUGCCACAGCAGCUUUUCAGAUUCAUAGAAUCUACAGUUUUACAUAGAUUGUGUUGUCUAUUAAUCUGUGUACAUUGUUGUAAAUAGUUAAUGAGACUGUCGGUCGAUGCUUCAGUCAAUAAGUUCUACUUUAAUAAUAAAAGCCACUUUUCUCUCUUCUUUAUAA